AUGGCGACUACCGAGUCUGGGUCUUUUGACAUUGUCGCCACAUACAAUGACCUCCUUCGCUCCGAUCCCGAUUUGACGAUGCCAAUUGCGGCCAUCGAGGCCCUGGUUCUCCUUCUGACGCAUUCCCCGUCUUCGACGAUAUCUGAGACUCUUGAAUUGCUCGAGACUCACACCGCUCGCCUGAAGAAGGCCAUUCCGAACCCGAUUGCGCUCUCUGCAGGCACCGAUCUCUUUCAACGAUAUUUGAUCACUACCCUCCAGAGACCCGGUCAGCUGGGGCCUGCAGGGGACUUCAACGCUAUCCGAACUCAUCUGCUCUCCAAUGGACGCCUUUUCAUUAAGCGUGCCAAGGAAAGUCGACAGAAGAUCGCUGCGUUUGGAAGGGGCUUCGUCCGAGAUGGGAGCACGGUUCUUACAAACGGCGGCUCGCGCGUCGUCUCUGCCCUACUCCAGAAGGCGGCGGAUGAGAACAGCGGUCCCUCCGCUGUGAGGUUCCGCGUCAUCUAUGUCCUCCACUACAUCAACAAUGACAAAGAGAAUUACAUUGAGCCGGAGGGGUUGGAGACGGUGCGCGCUUUGAGGGCGAGGGGCGUUCCCGUUGCGACCAUUCCCGAGUCUGCAGUCGCUUACUCAAUGGGGAUGGUAGAUAUGGUGAUUGUCGGCGCUGAGGGCGUGGUGGAAAACGGCGGUAUUGUGUCACGAAUGGGCACUUACCAGAUCGGUCUUUUGGCCAAGGCUAUGGGAAAGCCGUUCUAUGUGGUUGCUGAAAGCCACAAGUUUGUUCGAUUAUACCCGCUGGGGCAGUACGAUCUUCCGAUCGACCAGCAUGUCGUCGACUUCAAGACAGAGGAAGACAUCAAUUCUGAAUCCUCGUCAGGUGCGAAGAACAAAGCCGACGAGGGUUUUGCUGGGAAGGACGAAUCGUCUCCGGAAGACAAAGCCAAACACAUGUCAGACCUCCUCAACGGUGCCCCUGCAAAUACGGAGAGUACAAAGACGAUGAGACAUGAAGCAGUCGACUUCACACCGCCGCAUCUCAUCUCGGCAUUGAUAACGGAAAGCGGCGUGCUGACGCCAAGCGCGGUGAGCGAGGAACUGAUCAAGAUAUGGUUUUGA